AUGUUUGAGUUAAAUCCAAAUGAAUUAAAGUCAUAUCAAGAGAAAUAUGAUAAGUUAAUGAAGGCUAAGGUGACUCUGCAUUUUAAACAAACCAAAAAAAUUUUGAUUGGGCAAUUUUCAGUCACGGAUGCUCAGGCAGAUUCUAUUUUAAAAAAAGUAUUCUCUAGUUAAAGUUCUGAUGAGCUGAAUAAGGAAGGAUUCUUUAUGGCUCUGAGAUAUGUUUAAUGCUUGCAAAAUAAAGUGGACAUAGAAACUUGUAAUAUCAAUACAAUUAAAUUGCAAUUUCCCCUUAGAGUCAAUUGUAAAUCAAGUUUGAAGAAGUCAUUCUAAACUCCUUCCCAUGAAGAUAUAUUGGAGAAGUCAAUGAUUGCUCUGCAGAAUCUUUAGAAUUUAGUAAAAGUUCCAUCAACUUAAGAGAGGUAAAAAAGUCAAAUUCAUACAUAAACAAGGGAUAAUCAAAAUUAAUAAAUACAAAAAGAAUUAGAAAAUAUUGAUUUGGAGAAAAAUAUGAUUAAUUUAGGAGGAAUUCAUUCUUUUCAAUAGCAGAUAAAUUAGCCAAAAGCAGAAAACAGCAUAAUUCAGCCUUUUUUUGGUUAUGAACAAUAAAUAAUUAAGACCAAUUUAGAAAGCUAAGCUUAAAUGAUGAAGAGUGAAUAACACCUCAUUACUGAGUUUGGAGUCAUCGAUGUAGGUUAAAAUAAAAAUAAAAGUUAAUAACAACAGUCUUUGGAGGAUCCUUUUAAGACCAAUGGAAUGCCUUACGACAAUGAUCAGACUUAGAUGUAAGUAGCAAACGCAGUACCCAAAGAAAUUAAGGAAAAUAUACCUGAUGUGAUUGAAAUUGAUGAAGAUGAAGAAGAAGUAAUUUUGAAGCAUGAGGAUUCAAAAGAUAUCUAUGUAUGGAUUUCAGGUUAUUAAUAAUUUAAAGAUGCACCCUUCACUUAAACUUAUUAUUCAUACAAGGUUUGUUCUGAAAUACUUACUGACCCGCUUAAUGGUUCAUAUACUAAGUUUUAAGUUUGGAGGAGAUACACAGAUUUUAAGAUGCUACAAUAGUAUUUUACAUAGACUAAAUUGGGAGAUAUAAUACCAAGCUUACCAGAAAAGGAAGGGGUGUUAGCUAGUCUAAUGAAUAUGGUGGUAGAAAACCCUGAGUUUAUUUCUUAAAGGUAGGAGCAAUUACAAUUGUUCUUGUAAUAUUCGACAAGGUAUAAAGAUGAUUAGAUAUUACUGUAAUUUUUAAGUAAUGAGAAGAAAUUUGAUUUAAUCUUGAAAGAACUCAGGGUCAUGAAGGGAGACAAUUAUGAUGAGGACACAUUUUUACCGGAUCCUGAUGAAUUCACAAGAAAAUAAAAAUGGAAGGAACUUAUUGCUGGAAAAUAAAUAAUUGAAUUGUUUGAUUAUUUCAAGGGGAAAAAAGAAAUUGAAGCAAAAUUCUAGGAAGAAUAUCGUUAAGUGCAAUAGCAAUUUAAAAUAUUGGAGAAUAAAAAGUUAGAAUUAAGCAAAUUCAAAUAGUGUUUAAAUUAAUUUUAUGAUCCAAUCGAUAAGUUUUCUUCUAGUAGUUAGUUAUAAUAAACAUAAAUUAUAUCUGAAGAUAAUAUUCGGUAGGUAUUAGAGACUUAAAAGCUAUUUUAAGCUAAUUAUUCUAAACAUUAAAAUCUUAUUAUGAAUUAAGUUACACAGAUUGAGUUUUAAUUGAACAGUUUGACUUAUAGUUAUGAAUAAAUAUAGAAACAAAUCUACAAAUGGUUUGACGAAAAGAAAAGAUUAAGAGAGGAAAAAAAGUCAAGCAAAUUAGAGAUACAAAAGAAUGAGCUUGAGGAACAGAGAUUAUAGUUUGUGAUUUCUAAAACCAAUGAGACUUUGAUAAAAUUGGUCAAAUAAAUUACUGAGGAUUUGAAAGGACUCUUAAAAGAUUUUGUGGAGGAAUUGACCCAGAUUUGA